AUGGAUAUGGCUAUGAUCCAAGCUAAUUGUAUGGAAGAUGAAGAGGCCACUAUGGCUAGAUUUCUUAAUGGUUUAAAUAAAGAAAUAGCUGAUGUAGUAGAGAUACAACAAUAUGUAACUUUAGAUGAGUUAGUGGAUAUGGCUGUAAAAGUAGAAAAGCAAAUUAAAAGAAAGCAGCAAGCUAGCUCGUGGAGGAGUCGGCCAAACACCAAUUCAAAGAAGCCAUGGCUGAAACAAGAUGUGACUUCUAGGCCUCAAGAAGGCAAGGGGAAGGCCAAAGUAGAUGACAAGGAGGGAGGUAAAACUUUUAAUCCUAAAUCACCAAAACCUUCUAGUUUUAUUCAAUGUUACAAAUGUCAUGGAAGAGGGCAUAUGAUGCAUGAAUGUCCAAAUAGAAGAAAUAUUCUCAUGAAAGAAGAUGGAGAGUAUGAGAGUGAAAAAAGUGAGGUAGAGGAAGAAGAGGGAGCUAGGAAGAUUCUUGACGGAGAAAAUGAGAGUAAAAAAAGUGAGAAAGAGGAAGAAGAGGGAGGUGUAAGUGAAGAUGAUGUAGAACUUCCUUUUAAUGAUGGUUUGGUUACAGUAGUUAGGAGGAUUAUGGCUAUCAAUUUGGGAGUCAAUAGUGAAGAACAAAGGGAAAAUAUAUUCCAUACUAGCUUGUCAUAUCUUGCUUGGUCGUCCAUGGAGUUCGAUAGAAAUACUUUUCAUGAUGGAAGGAAGAAUAGAUAUUCACUUGAGCUUAAUGGCAAGAAGUAUACUCUUGCACCUUUAACACCUUCUCAGGUGUUUGAAGAUCAAAAGAGAUUGAGGGAAUCAAUGGGAAAACAAAGGGGACAGAAAAAAGGUGAGCUUGAGGGAAAAGAAAUGAAAGAUGGCCAAGAGAGAGAGAAAGAGGGCAGCAACUUAAGCAAAGAGGAUUUUGAUGAUAUCUUUCCUGAAGAUAUUCCUAAAGGUCUUCCACCUUUGCGUGGAAUUGAACACCAAAUUGACUUUGUGCCUGGUGCACAGAUUCCAAAUAGGCCUGCUUAUAGGAGUAAUCCUGAAGAGACAAAGGAGUUGCAAAGGCAGGUUGAGGAGUUGCUUAAAAAGGGGUUUGUGCGAGAGAGCCUGAGUCCUUGCUCAGUUCCUGCACGUUCUAUUAGUGCCCAAAAAAGAUGGAUCCUGGAGGAUGUGCGUGGAUUGUCGAGCUAUCAACAAGAUUACGGUAAAAAAGACGUUCAUGAGACGAUGAAUCAUGUUUUUAAGGAUUUUAAUGGAAAGUUUGUGGUGGUUUAUUUUGAUGAUAUCUUGAUCUUUUCCAAAACUCUGGAUGAGCAUGUAGAACACCUAAAACAAGUUUUUGAAGUUCUUAGAAAACAACAAUUGUUUGCUAAUCUCAAAAAGUGUGCCUUUUGUGUGGAUCGUGUGGUAUUCUUGGGUUUUGUGGUCAGUUCUAAGGGAGUUGAGGUUGAUGAAGAUAAAAUCAAGGCAAUCAAAGAGUGUCCUAAACCCAAGAGUGUAACUGAGUCUUUUGAGGUUGAAUGUGAUGCUUCUAGAAAAGGAAUAGGUGCUGUUUUGAUGCAGGAGUCCAAGCCUAUUGCAUACUUUAGUGAAAAGUUGAGUGGAGCUACAUUGAACUACUCAACUUAUGACAAAGAGCUAUAUGCUUUGAGUCAAGGUAAGCUUAAUCGUAGGCAUGCAAAAUGGGUUGAAUUUAUUGAAAUUUUCCCAUAUGUCGCUUACAAGCAAGGAAAGGAGAGUGUAGUUGCUGAUGCACUGUUAAGAAGGUAUGUCUUGGUCUCUACUCUUACUUCUAAGCUGAUGGGUUUUGAUCAAAUCAAGGGCCUUUAUGCUAAUGAUUCUGAUUUUGGCAAGGGAAGCACAUUGUUAUGGACUUGGACACGUAGAGUGCCCAAAACUUUGGAUAUACUUGCUGAACAUUUCUUUUGGCCAGGCAUGCGAAAGGAUGAUGAGAAAGUGUGCUCUCAAUGCCAAUGUAAACAAGCCAAAUCGAAAGUGUUACCACAUGGUCUUUAUACUCCUUUACCUGUUCCUACUUCCCCUUGGCUUGAUAUUUCCAUGGAUUUUGUGUUAGGUUUUCCUAGAACUAAGCAUGGUAAGGACAGUAUAUUUGUGGUGGUAGAUAGAUUUUCAAAAAUGGCUCGCUUUAUUCCACGUUUGAAGACUAAUGAUGCAUCACAUGUGGCUGAUUUGUUUGUAAAAGAAGUGGUUAAAUUACAUGGUAUACCUAAAACUAUUAUUAGUGAUAGGGAUGCUAAGUUUUUAAGUCACUUUUGGAGAGUUCUUUGGGGAAAGUUGGGAACUAAACUACUAUUUUCUACGUCUUGUCACCCGCAAACUGAUGGGCAAACAGAAGUAGUUAAUAGGACUUUAGGGAAUAUGUUGAGGGCUGUUCUAAAAGGAAAAUUAACAUUUUGGGAAGAACAUUUGGCCAUGGUAGAGUUUGCCUAUAAUAGAACUGUCCAUUCUUCUACAGGUAAGUCUCCUUUUGAAGUUGUUUAUGGCUUUAAUCCCCUCACCCCCCUUGAUUUGCUGCCUUUGCCUACUGAUAAUAUUGUUAAUCUUGCUGGUAGGAAGAAGGUUGAAAUGAUGAAGAAGAUUCAUGAACAAACAAAGCUUGCAAUUGAGCGGAACAAUGAGCAGACUGCCUUAAGGAGAAAUAAGGGGCGAAAAUCUGUUAAUUUUAAGCCCGAGGAUCAAGUAUGGGUGCAUUUCAGAAAGGAAAGGUUUCCUGCCAAAAGAAGAUCCAAACUAGACCCAAGAGGAGAUGGUCCAUUUGAAGUCCUUGAAAGGAUUGGAGACAAUGCUUACAAACUUGAUCUUCCUAGUGAGUAUCAAGUUAGUGCUACUUUCAAUGUUUCUGAUCUUUCCUUAUUUGAUGCGAGGUUUAAAUUCGAGGACGAAUUCAUCUCAAGAAGAGGGGAAUGA